UAAACACCAUACACUAUAUUGUCAAAAGUAUUGCGCCAGCCCUCCAAAUCAUGUGAUUCAGGUGUUCCAAUCACCUCCAUUGCCACAGGCAUGCAGACUGCUUCUACAAACAUUGGUGAAAGAAUGGGUCGCUCUCAGGAGCUCAGUGACUCCAAGCGUGGUCCCGUGAUAGGUGGUCACCUGUGCAAUAAGUCCAUCCGUGACAUUUCCUGGCCACUAAAUAUUCCACGCUCAACUGUUAGUGGGAUUAUAACAAAGUGGAAGCAACUGGGAACAACAGCAACUCAGACACCAAGUGGUAGGCCAUGUCACAUGACAGAGCGGGGUCAGCGCAUGUUGAACCGCAAAGUGCGCAGAAGUCGCCAACUGUCUGCAGAGUCAAUA